CAGCAGCUCGAGCCAUCGGUUUACUUUCCCCUCGAAGUCAGCGACAGCCACAGUCAGUAGCACAAGGUGUUGGAUGUGUAUAGUUGAUUUUUUUGGACGCUUUCUUUUUUACCUAGGUACUCUUGCGUACAAAGUGUAACUGCAGAUUCUUAACUGGAUUUGUCUCAACACGUUUAGCGUUUUGAGAACCUUUAACCAAAACGACAUCCGUUCCAACUCUUACUCUGUCAAGAUGUCUGGAGACCAAAGUAACACAGGAGAAGACUAUUGUAUUCCUGAAGACAACAGCUUGGUCUUCACUCUGGUUCCACCCUACAUCCUGGUCAUCAGCGUGCUUGGAAUCAUCUUUAAUGUGUUUGUGCUGAUGGUUUUCUGCCUCCACAAGAAGGCCUGCACUGUGGCUGAGAUAUACCUCAGCAACUUGGCUGGAGCUGACCUUGCUCUGGUGUGCUGUUUGCCCUUCUGGGCUGAAUAUACAAGAAAGGGAUUUGACUGGCCUUUCAGUGAAAGCCUGUGCAAAGUGACAUCAGCUGUUAUCUACAUGAAUGCGUUCUGCAGUAUUUACUUCCUUGUUAUGGUUAGCAUAGAUCGUUAUGUGGCACUGGUGCACCCGCUUUCCCAUGAGAGGAUACGCAGGCUGCUUUAUGCCAAACUGGGAUGUCUGUUUGUGUGGGGUCUUGGCUUGGUCUUUGCUCUCCCCAUAUUCAUCUACAGGAAGUUAGUAUUCAACCCUCAAUUAAAUCUUACUCACUGUUCACUUAACUUAACUUUUCCAGAGCAAUAUCUGGCUUAUGAGGUGACAACCAUAACAUUCAGCUUCAUCGUCCCUGUUAUCAUUAUUUUGUUCUGCACUGUCAAAAUUAUUCAAGCUCUGAGAAAGAGGCUAAUGGAGGCUUUAAACAUUCAGAAAAUGGAUCAGAAGGCCACCACUCUCAUCCUGGCAGUUCUCCUGGCAUUCCUGAUCUGCUGGGUGCCAUUCCACGUGACAAAGAUACUAGAUGUGCUCCAAAACACUGGCAUUCUGAAAUGCCACAUCACACUGAUCGUCAUCCAACAGAUCUCUACGUACUUUGCCUUCUUCAACAGUGUCCUUAACCCCAUUCUCUACGUCUUAGUAGGGAAAACUUUCCAGAAACGAGCAAAGGAACUCUUCAUGUUGUGGAACAAGAAUCAAACAGCAUCUUUCAGCCGAGUGUCCACACGCCUGACAAGUUUUAAAUUGUGAUCAUAGCUCAAAGUGAUGUGCAGGACUGCAAUCUUUUGAAUGUGUGCUGUGAUGGUUUACCCAGUUAAAUGGACAAUUAUUUACUCAGGCAAGGAGAAAAAUGUUGUUUUUGUAAUCUGAAUGUUUGUUGGUUUUUUUUAACAUUGUGCAUGCAUUACUUUUUCUUCAGAAAGGGAUAUUUAGCCAUAACAUGUUUAUUUCCUAGAGGUGGUAGUGAAAGACUGUCAGUCUGUCUCUGCUUGGUGUAGUGAAGUCUGAGCGUUCUUUGACCGUUUCUCCAGUUGGAACAUAACUCCUGGCUUUGGCUAAGAGAAAGUAGCAUGCAGAAGACAGCUGGCAUGGAAGAAAGGCUAAAGAUAACUAGCAAGUCGUCUGAAAUGUGAUUCAUGCAACACUCAUGAAGUUAAAGAAUGAAAAUACACUGUUAGAAAAAAAGUCACAAUAGGACCUUUUUAUUGUCUUGGGCUUUGUUCCAUGUUUCAUCAGACUCCGACAGAGGAGUGAAUAACAGGAGACAUUACCUCAUACCUCAAACAAGUUUUGUUUUACCAACCGUCCAUGAACCCAUAUCUGUUUAGAUGUCACAUUUUGAAAAAUAUAAUUAUAUAACUAUAAUUGCAAAUAAUUACAUUUAAGGCCAUAUUUGAGCUUUCGUUUGUGCUAAAUUUCAAUGAAGUUAAAAUUCAAUGGCAAGUAAGGGUGUGGUUGUUCUUCAAAACCAGUGAUCCAGUAAAGCUUUCUCUUGACAUCCUGUUGACAUUCGUAGCAUGACAGGAUAUGAAGCUCAAAUUUCAAAUGUGCCAUUCUACUGCUUAUCCUCUAAUUGAUAUCUAUUAGACACAAUUUCAGAUUGAAUGCCAUAAUAACCCUGCUACAUAAUUGAAUAGCAUUCCCACCUUUAUUUUAUAUUGCACAUGUGAUAAACACAAGCUGAGAUAAUGAAACAAAUAUGCAAAAGAGACGGCAGCAGUUUAACAGUGUUUAUACUAUUAACAUAAUAUUUGCAUGGUUAGAUUUUCCACUUCACUUGUGUGCAUGGUUAUGUAGUUGGAGUGCUCUGUGCUGUGGCAUGAUCCAGAUUUACUGCUACCAACUUGGAAUGUUUCAGUGAUGAACUUAAAAAAAUUCAAAGAGGGAUUUUUUUUUUUGCAUUAUAUUAAAGUAUUGUGCUUCUAUUCCCGUUACAUCAAAAAGAAACUCUGCGUGUAUAUAUGCAAGGGUUUUGACCUCCUAAGACCUGAACUCUUUAAUGGCAUGCAUUUUUAAUUUUUUUUCAGGCUGAUU